AUGCGAUCUCUACUCGCUCUUCCACCAGAGACAAUCGAUCAAAUAUGCGACUGCCUUGCGUCUGAUGACUUGCCCAGUGUCUACAACUUUGCACUAACGGAUAAGCAAUGCUUAGCUAUUGCCAACAGGCAUCGUUUUGCACAGAUUCAUUUUACUCUUGUGGGCCGUGACAGACUAGAAAGAGAUAUCCAGCGAUGGAACGAGAUACUUGAAAAUUCGUCUGCUUUUUUAUCUGUGCGGUCAGUGACAGUUCGAGGGGCUUUACUUCCCAUCGAUGAGCAGAUGAAUCAUGUACCGGGAUCUUUGACCAUCAACCAAGAGGAAAAUGAGGGUGAUUUGAGUUGUCUGGGUAGCUACUACCGUCGCGACAUUGACGAGUUCUUUACCUCUUUUCCCAACCCUCAGUAUGAUAUGUGGAGCUCCCUUCAAUCCCUUGUGUGUCGGUUGUCGUGUCUCCGGGAUAUGACCUGGAGCUGUGUCGCGUUAUUUCCACCCUGUCUGCUUGAGACCUUGCAGCAGUCCAUACCACAUUGCAGACUCCAUGUCAUGGCAUUCAAAUUACUCAGUUUGUGCUACAAUAACAAUAGGCCUAUUGACAUUGAUCAGUACGAAUAUCAAUUGGCUACGUCGCCUUCUCUCUCUAGCAUUCUGGUGCCGGUCUCACAGAUCGAUUACGUUACGAAUUUCAAUGCCAAAGCAGCGAUAGAGCUAGCAAAAGGAUUAGCUCCAAACCUGUCCCGGGUGCAUAUUGUGAAAGAAUCAACCGGAAUUAGAUCCAAUCCAGCAGAAGCAGGAGACUUAGAAUGGCGAGGUUUCUUUCAGAAUGGCAAGGUCGAGAACAGACUGCAUCGGGGAAACCUUCAGAGCCUCAGUCUAAGCUCAGUCAGCAUUGACUAUUUCACAGCCUGGCAAGAACAGAAUGCGUUCUCUACUCUGCGGGUUCUGCAGCUUUGGGAUGUCUCUGAGAAUGUUCUGACUGCGGCAGCGAGCUGCCAUAUGCCGUUGUUGAAGUCAUUAACGCUAAGCUUCCCGGGCUGGAAAGCUUACGAUGAAGCAGCGAGCGUUCUUGUUUCAUCCCUUCGUCCAUUGGAAGCAAUCCGACUGUCCAGCGGCCGAAAAGAACGUACAUUUCAAGCCGCCAUUAGGCAUCACGGAAAAUCUCUCACUAUGCUUUCACUCCUCCCUCGGGAGUCUGAUCUUUACGAGGUGAUCCCUUCCUUCACCAGUUGGAUUACAGAAAUUCGAUUGAACUGCACAAAUAUCCGAAGUUUGCAACUCUCUGUGCACCGAAGGACACUCAAGCAAGAAGGCUCUCUUUUCAGAGCCAUUGGGAGUAUUUCCCACCUCACGAAUCUAUCAUUGCGAUUAAUUUGCGACAAUGAUGUGGAAGAGCAAGAGUCCCUUUUAAACGCAUUGGACUAUCCAAACUCAGAACCUGAGCUUUCACGGGUAGCGCUUCAGAAUAGCGCGCUUCAUUCCAGUCUCCUAGCACAGGCAAUAUUCUUCACUGUCGCUCAGGAAUCCUCCUUACAACGGCUCACCCUUGCCAUCCGGUGCACACUGUAUCCCAAACGUGUGGCAGGGUUCCUGAAUUGGUCCUGCUGUAGGUGGAGGUGUUUGCGUGCGAGUGAAAAUAGAAUCAUUGUGCGUGAACUUGAAAAAGACGAGAAUUGCAGUGGUUGA